GUCAAAUUAAGAUAUUGUCAAAGAAACAAAUUGACUCAGAACAAUUUAUUUUUGCUGAAGAAACAAACUUUUUGAAAGCAGAAUAAAUCAUUAAUUGUGCACGAAAUAUUGCCUUAUAGCUGAAUUGAAAUGGCUGAUUUAUCAAACAAGUUUAUCACUCAAUCUGAAGUGGAUGAUAAAAGAAAAAGAAAACAAGAAGAAUGGGAACAAAAACGAAGACCAGAUGAUCCUAUGGAAUGUCCAGAAGCAGAUAACAGGUCUUUGUAUGAUAAACUUCAGGAACAGAAGAUGAAGAAGGAUGAAGAAUAUGAAGAACAACACAAACUUAAAAACAGUGUAAAGGGGUUAAAUGAAGAUGAAGCUCAUUUUCUAGAAUUUGUUUCAAACAAACAAAUGGAGAUAGAAAAGGCCAGAUCUGACGAAGAGAAGUCUUUAUUCAAAGAAAUAAAGGAAUCCUCAGUAUCAGCAGUACAACCGUUAUCAUCACAGGAGAAAAAGUCUACCAAACCUGUAGUACAAACUAAUAAAAGAUCACAAACAGCACUUCUGGCAGGAGCAGUCAAGAGAAAGGGAACAAGUGAAAAUGAAGAUAGUAACAAAAGAAAAAGCAUUGACAAUAGAGAACCUGAAUCCAGCAGUAAUACAGGGUCAAUAAAUACCAUUGCAAGGGAGCAGUUGUUAAAUCAAAGAGCCAAAAUUAUUGGAGUUUUACCAGGACUUGGUGCUUAUGAUAAUGAUACGAGUGAUUCUGAAACCUCUAGUAGUGACUCCGAAUGUGAUUUCAGUGUACAGAAAAAAAUUAAGAUACAAGUUAAUACACAGUGAUAAGUUAUGACAGUUGUGAAUUUUCAAAUGUUCCACAAGGUUCUAGAUUUAAACCAGUGGUUUAAAAUAUUGAAUCCGCCUAUAUUUAAGGAAAAGCUGUUUUUGUUUCUUUAUGCAGAACCAUUCUUAGAUGCAAAGAAUAUGAAACACUUGUUCAGAUUUCUGUGAAAUAGAAAACGUUAUCGAACAUCAUACAAAAGUGGUAAUGAAUAGUUGACAUUGUCUACAGCUCAACAUAUUUAUCUUAUGCUGACUAUUGCAUGUUAAUUUUAAUUGUUAAAACAUAAAUUAGUUGAUCAUUAAAUGUUUUAAUGUUUA